GGAAGCUGAAAUUCCGCAGAAAUUAUGUCAGAGAUUCCAAGAAAUGUUUAAAGGUUUUUCUUUGGUCCUCUCUCAGCACUAUUCAUUGAGUAUACACACACACACACAAUUAUAACGUUGUUCUUAUUUCUAUCUGUUCAAUAAAGUCUUUGAGGCAAAACAAAGCAUACACUGUGAUGUAUUGAUUUUUAUUACUUUUUCGACUAGUACAUAUAAUACUCAUGAGUAAUCAGAUACAUAUAUAUAUAUAUGUUACAAACUAAUCAAAACUUUCUAUUGUGCAUUGUCAUAAAACAACACUAAGACAUCGGAUCGGAUCAGAUUCGCUACUUAGAAAACAACAACGGCCAUCAUAAUGUUUUGUAUGUGAAUAUGGAUUUCGUAAAAACUGAAGCUACAUGUCUACCAGCUGGUCGAUAUGAAUUUAAAGAUUCCGGUUUGUAUAUUGGUGAAUGGUUAAAUGAGAAAGCAGUCGGAUUAGGUUUAAUCACUAAAGAUAAAUGUCAAGGUGAAUAUACUGGAUUAUGGGAUGCUGGUUCAGAGAAAAGUGGUGUAUUCUUAUGGCCAAAUGCACCAGGUGCUAUGUAUGAAGGUGAAUGGGCGCAUAAUCGACGCAAUGGACAUGGUAUAUUUACACGAGAAGAUUGGGUAAUUAUGGGGCAGUUUAAAGAUGAUUUUAUUAAAUGUGGCAUAAAAUGUAAAGAGAAUUCGAUUGGACGAUUUGAAGGGGAAUUUGAAAAUGGUUUCCCUAGUUUCGGUGUAGAAACUUAUGCUGAUGGAGGUAGUUAUGCAGGUGAAUAUAAAAAUGGUGUACGUGAAGGACUUGGUGUACGUACCUCUAUACCAUAUGGUGAAGUGAUUAAUUUUUUCCCAGAAGAAGCUGCUAUUGUAGCAGAAAUUGCUUUAGAUAAGAAAAAACGUGAAGCAUUACAAAAUUUAUUGAAUUCCUCAUCGUCAUCACAUCAACAUCAUCAUCAUCCUAAUCACAUUACUACUACUACUAAUACUACUACUGAUACUACUAACGAUUUACACAAUAUCACCAAUAAUCCUAAUGCUGGUACACGUCGUGGCAGUCUACUUAGUCAACGAUCCGGUGAUGCUGUAGACAUUGAAGAUUUCGAUUUACUACAUGGUGGACAAGAUGAUAAAGAUGAAGAUGAUGAACCAUAUUGUGGACGUCUAGCAAAUCCAACACAUCAUUCAAAUAAAAAUUUUAAAGAUUUACGUAUGUCAUGUAAAUUUAAAUGUGGUUUUGUCUUGUCAUCACAACGUAGUGAGCUGUUAUUAAGACGUCAACAAAAGUUAAGUCAUGUAAAUUUGAGUGGGGGCAGUAGUGGUUUGUCGAUAAAACAUCGUAAAGAACCUAAUCAUCACAAUAAAUCAAGCCGUCGAUCGAAAUCACUAACAAAUUUAUUUAGUCGUUCGUUAAGUAAAGAAUCUAUUGCUUGUGUUCGACGUCAAGGCAGUAUCACGGAACAUUCCGCACAUGGGAUUAAUAAAAUGGAACAAACACCGGAGUCCGUGUUUACUUUGGAUCAGGUCGAUGCCAUUGAUCCAGAAACAGUGGAAACAUUUGCUGGUCAAUGGGAAGCUGACUCACGUCAUGGUUAUGGUGUAUGUGAACGUUCGGAUGGUGUGAUUUAUGAAGGUCAAUGGAUGAAAAAUCGUCGUCAUGGUUAUGGUCAAACACAUUUUCCUGAUGGUCUAUGCGAACAAGGCAGAUAUCAACACGGGAAGUUGGUAUUUCUUUCAUGGCCAAAAGGUGUGAAAUCAUAUUUACUGUUGUAUAAUUAUCAUAUUAUGCGUGAAGUAGCCAGUGCUGUGAAACGUGCACGACAAAUAGCUGAUGAAGCAUUUAUGAAAGCAAAUGAAGCUAGAGAAAAGUAA